AUGGGUGAGGUGAUUGGUCUGAGGAUUGUGCUGCUAGGAAAGAAUGGAUCAGAAAACAGCCGAGUGGGAAACAUUACAGUGGGUACAGAAGCAUUUAACAGAGAAGCUACACCUUAUUUACAGCAGCACAGUAUGACAAUCAGUGGAGAGGUGGAGAAGAGACACAUCACAGUCAUCAACACUCACCUGCUCCAGCCGAAUCUCUCACAUCAACAGAUCACACAGAGAGUGAGAGAGUGUGUGCAUCACUCUGAUCCAGGACCUCAUGUGUUCGUACUCAUACUGCAGUAUAACGACUUCAGUGAGAACGACAAAGAGAGAGUGAAUUAUGUGCUGAACCUCUUCAGUACGCAGGCCAUUAAACACACUAUAGUGCUGACUACUGAUGAAGAGACACGUGGAUACAAGCUGACUUCUAUGAUAUGGAACAAUGCUAUUCAUGAUUUAAUAAAAGAGUGUGGAGGAGGACAUCUACAGUUUGAUACAACAAACCAACGAUGGCGAUCUGAUUUGUUCAGAAGAAUAGAGAAGAUACUCAAGAAAGAACACAAAGAAUUUCUCAUCUGUAACAUGUAUGAGGAUGGAGGUGAUGGAUCAUCAGUGGAUGGAGAUCUGAGCAGAUCUGGACUUUCAGACAGAGGAGACGACAAAGAGAAGGAUUAUGAGUUCAUUGAGAACACAAAAACAGCAAGUGAUGGAGCAGUGACGACUACUGGAAAAGCAAAGCUGAACAUUGUGCUGUGUGGAAAUAAUCCAACACUCAAGAACUCUGUGUCUAAAAUGUUUAGAGGGAUACCAAGUAAAUCACAGAAAGAGAUGAGUAAAGUGUGUCAGAAGAGAGAGGGAACGAUUCAUGGACGACAGAUCAGUGUAAUAGAGCUUCCAGCUCUCACUCGACUCUCAGAGGAGGAAGUGAUGCGGGAGACGCUCCACUGUCUGUAUCUCUGUGAUCCUGGAGUUCAUGUUUUCAGCCUCGUUACUCCUGUCUGUCCACUUAUUAAUGAAGACAGAGCAGAAAUGGAGAAGAUUAAAGGAAUAUUUAACUCUAAUGAGCACUUCAUGUUGCUUUUCAUUACUGAACUUGACCAAAGUGUGACAGAUUUUGUGAGUCUCUAUGGGAGCUGGCACAUUGUGAUGGGGUUAAAGGACCAGAGAAGCUCAGAAAAGAUCUCAGACCUGUUUGAUCAUAUAGACAGCAUGAAGACUGAACCCUAUUCUCUUCAGACGUAUAUAAGAGCUUCAGAGAAGAGAGUCAGACAUGAAGUAGAGAAGAAACUUAGAGUGAGAGACAAUGAAAUCAAAGAGUUACAGAAGAAGAUCAAGACACUGGAGGGUGUGAAGCUGAAUCUGGUUGUGUGUGGGAGUAACAGAGAAUUAAGAUCCUUCAUAUCAAACCUGAUCCUGAAUCAGAGCGAGAGAAGAUCAGAGCUCAGCUCAGAGUGUGUGAGGAGAGACGUGGAGCUUCAUGGACGUCUGAUCAGUCUGGUGGAGCUUCCAGCUCUGUUCAACACUCAGCUCUCAGAGGAGGAAGUGAUGCGUCAGACUCACCGCUGUGUGUCUCUCUGUCAUCCUGGAGUUCAUGUUUUCAUCAUCAUCAUUCCUGAUGCUCCUCUGACUGAUGAAGACAGAGCAGAAAUGGAGAAGAUCCAGAGGAUAUUCAGCUCAAGAAUCAACAAACACAUCAUGAUCCUCAUAAAGCAGAAUUCAGAGCAUAAGACAGAAAAACUGAAUGAAGAAACACAGUCUGUCAUUGAGAGUUUUGGAGGACGACAUCAUUUCAUUGACCUGAACACACAAGUGUCUGUGUUGAUGGAGAAACUGGAGCAGAUGGUUGAGGGAAACAGUGGUGAUUGUUUCUCCACAGAGACAUUGAUGGAGACACAGAUGGAAAAACUGCAUAAAUUUAAUGAAAUGAAGAGAAGAAUCCAUUCAUUAGAGACAUGGUUUCAGUCACAAGAUUCAAGAGAAAGAGCAGAUGAACUAAGGAUUGUGCUGCUGGGAAAAACUGGAGCUGGGAAGAGUUCAACUGGAAACACCAUUUUGGGAAGAGUCAUGUUUGAAGCUGAAACAUCUCAAGAGUCUGUUACUACAGUGUGUCAUAGAGAAACAGCUGAAAUCAACAGCAGACACAUUACUGUGAUCGACACUCCAGGACUGUUUGAUACUGAAUUCAGUAAUGAAGAAAUCCAGAGAGAGAUCAGCAACUGCAUCCCCAUGAUUCUGCCUGGACCACAUGUGUUCAUCAUUGUGCUCAAUUUAGGACAACGAUUCACUCAAGAAGAGAAAACAUCAGUGAAGAUCAUCCAAGAGACGUUUGGUGAAAACUCUUUGAAGUACACCAUGGUGCUCUUCACCAGAGGAGAUGAUCUGAAUGAUAAAACCAUUGAUCAGUGUUUGGGAAAACCUGGAUCUGAUUUGAAUCAGCUGAUUGCUGAGUGUGGAAACAGAUUCCAUGUGUUUAAUAAUAAAGAGACUGGAGACCGAACACAAGUGACUGAUCUACUGCAGAAGAUAGACAACAUGGUGAAAGUAAACGGAGGGAGUUACUACUCAUGUAAGAUGUUCAGAGAGAUGGAAAGAAAAAUACAAGAACAACAAAAGAACAUACUGAUGGAGAAAGUGGAGAAACUGAACAGAGAAAAAGAAGAACUGAUGAACAAACAUAAAGAAGAGAAAAAAAUGAUGAAGAUGGAGAUGGAGGAAGAAAGACAAAAUCAUGGCAAAGAGAGAAAGAGAACAGAAGAAGAAUUUAGAGAAAGAGAGGAACGAUAUAAAAGAGACAUUAAAGAAUGUGAGGAACAAGAGAGAAAGAUACGAGAGGAGCUAAAGAGAGAACGAGAGGAAUGGGAGAAACAGAAACAACAGGAAAGACAAAGAAGAGAAGAUGAGGAGGAGAAAAGGAGAAAGAAAGAACAGGCAAUGUGGGAUGAAUAUAAUCAGAGACUUAAAGAAGUGAAAGAGAGAAUGAAGAUGACUAUGGAUGAAGAAAGACAGAAUCAUGAUAAAGAAAGAAAGCGAAGAGAUGAAGAAGAAGAGAGAAGGAGAAAGAUAGAAAAGGAAACAUGGGAUGAAUAUUAUGAGAAACUUAAACGAGAGAGAGAAAGAAGACAGAGAGAGAAAGAGGAUCUUCAGUUCAAACAUGAAGAAGAGAGAGAGAGAAUGAAGAAGAUGAUGGAGAAAGAAAGACAGAAUCAUGAAGAACAAGAGAGAAAGAUCCGAGAGGAGCUGAAGAGAGAACGAGAUGAAUGGGAGAAACAGAAACAACAGGAAAGACAAAGAGAAGAGGAGAAGGAAAAAAGUAGACGUAAUGAACUUUAUACAGAAACUCCAGAGGUUCAGCACACAAACAAUGAUGAAGAUUUACCAUCAGAUUUAGGAUGUUUGCAAAUCUUGCUGUUUGGGAGGACAGGAAAUGGAAAGUCUGCCACAGGAAAUACUAUCCUCGGAAAAAAUGCGUUUCACAGUGAAGACAGUUCAUGUUUGGUGACCACUGUUUGUCAGAAGGGAGCUGGUGAAGUUGAUGGUCAAUCAGUAGCUGUUAUUGAUACUCCAGGACUCUUUGACCCCUCACUGACAAAAGAACAAGUGCAGGAAGAAAUAAUGAAAUGUAUUUCACUGUCAGCACCUGGACCACAUGUGAUCAUCAUUGUGCUGAGCGUGGGAAGAAUCACCCAAGAGGAGAAAGACACUUUAGACAUGAUUAAGAUGAUAUUUGGCUCAAAAGCAACAGAUUUCUGCAUUGUUCUCUUCACUAGAGAAGAUGAACUGAAAAAACAAACAAUAGAAGAAUAUGUAGAGAAAAGUAAAAAUGCUGAACUCAAGAAUCUGAUCAGUGACUGUGGAAACAGAUUCCUGGCUUUUAACAACACAGAAACACAAGAUCAGACACAAGUUACUCAGCUAUUCAGUAUGAUAGAAAACAUGAAUCAGGGCAGAUAUUUCACAAAUGAGAUGUUUGAGGAGGCAGCGAACUCCAUUGAACAGAGAAUGAAAAUGAUAGAAGAGGAGGAAAGAAAAAAUCAGGAUCAAAUUGAAGAAUUAGAAGCCAAAUAUGACACAGAAAUCAAAAGCAUAAGAAAAAGACUGGAGGACAGAAAAAAAGGGCAGAUGAGGAAAGAUUUAGGCUGAAGAAUAAGUUCAGAGAAAGAGAGGAAACACUCAGGAGAGAGUUUGAGGAGAAAGAAAAAUCAGAGCAGAAGAAACGAGAGACGGAGAAUCAGAAACAAUCAGAAGACGAGAAACAGC